CUGUCCUUUUGCGUCCAAAAUUCGACUCCCCCUUCUCGAUAACUCUCGAUACAUCCUCAUCAAUCCGCCCCCGCGCGAUCGCUUUGCUUUUGCAAUCCCUUUCAAAAACUCGUUUCGAUCGUAAUUUUUUGCCCCCAAAAUUUUUCGUACGGAUUUCGUAGAGGUGAUGUCCCCUCGAUUAUGCGUAAUAUUGUUGGUUUUGAUCACCUUAUUCGCGUUCUCCGGAGGAAGAGGGUUUCUAACGCUGAAUUGAAUCGUGUUUUGGUUAUUGGAUCUCUGAGUUUGAAGAUCUAAUUUAGCCGGAAAUUAUGCAGGAACUGAUGAGCUUAUUGAGUUGUUUUGCUGAGAACCAUUUUUUGUGUUAAUGUUAGGGAUUAAUUCAUAAAUCAAGAUCAAGCAAUCGGAUGACAACCAUAUUUACAAUCACACCCUUGCCAGAACACUCGUGGAAUAUGCAUCUGCUGUGUACAUAACAGAUCUUACUGCUCUUUAUACAUGGACCUGCUCAAGGUGUAAUGAUAGGAUUAAGGGGUUUAGGAUGAUAGAGCUGAUUGUUGAUGUACAGAAUUGCUUACAGGCAUUUGUUGGAUUUUCUCAUGAUUUGAACUCCAUUAUUGUGGCAUUUAGAGGCACUCAAAAAAGCAGCAUAAGGAACUGGAUUGAGGAUCUAUAUUGGAAGCAGCUCGAUCUGCACUACCCAGGCAUGCCGGAAGCGAUGGUUCACUGUGGGUUUUAUUCUGCUUAUCAUAAUACGACUCUGCGUCCUGAGAUCAUAAAUGCUGUUCAAAGUGCUAUGAAACUCCAUGGCGAUGUCCGUAUCAUUGUUACAGGGCAUUCAAUGGGAGGGGCUUUGGCUGCAUUUUGCGCUCUUGAUCUUACUGUCAAUUAUGGAAUUCAAGAUAUUCAGGUCAUGACUUUCGGGCAACCUCGCGUUGGUAAUGCUGCUUUUGCUUCCUACUUCCAUAAGAAGGUACCACAAGCGGUUCGUGUGACCAACGGGAAUGAUAUAGUGCCACAUUUACCACCAUAUUAUUCUUAUUUCCCCGAAAAGACGUAUCAUCACUUCCCGCGAGAGGUAUGGCUCCAUGAGGUGGGAAUCGGAAGCCUUUCUCACCUAGUCGAGGAGAUAUGUGACGGUUCUGGGGAGGACGACUCUUGUAGCAGGUCUGUAUACGGUGACAGUAUAUCAGACCAUCUCAAUUAUUUUGGCGUUGAGUUACGUGCUGAUGCCAGGGGUUCAUGCAAGUUUAUAAUACAUAACAGUGAGAUUCAGUAUGACGAAAAACUUGGUGGUGAUGUUAUCUUGUUAAGGAAUCCUACUGAGGAAUCACUAGUAAUAUCAAGUUGAUGUAAAGCGGCGCAGAGGUUCUCUGUUUAGCAUUGAUAAUGAUACACAGUAAUUUGCGGAUUAAGGCUCUCGCAGUUGGAAAGCAUCGUCUUGCCUGCCUGAAGCUUGUAUAUAGCCAUCCAUUGUAUAUAAUAGAAUGUUUGUGCUACAGUUCAUUAUUCAGCUGCUAAAUUUGUAAAUAAACAUCUCUUAAUGGACCUCAAAUCUUAGAUUGUUGCUGUUGCCGCAGUUGUGUUACAGAUAUUCUGUGAAUAACAGAAUUUGCGUUUAAGCGGGCCAAUCUUGGCUACUAUAAUAAAGCUUAAUGCCAUUUUCUGCUGUC